AUGGCUACCGGAAUCUUCAACUCCACCUACUACGGCAAGGACUACCGCGCGGGUGCCGCCCUCCUGCGUGCCCGCCGGCCAUAUCUCUUCAAGAAUGCCCUCACCGGCUUUGGACUGUUCGCAUUCACAAUUGCAGUCUACUCCUACACCAUUAAGGCUGUCGGUCAAGAAGAAUUCUCCGACGUCAAAGUCCCGGAUGCUCCCGCGGAGAGGAAGUAA